UCUAGUCAAACACAAUAUUAAAACUGUAACCAAUGGGUUAAAAAAAACAAACAAAAAAAUUGUUUAAUUGACUGAAACAGAUUUAAACUACUAAAAAAUGCAGAUAAAAUAAACUCCGUUGCACUUCACUCGGCUUUUGGAAACGUCCGGGUUCACCGAUUCAUUAGGCACGGAGGUUAUUUAUGUAAACUAUUUCCGUCACACUUUAAUCUGGACAACACAUAAGAAACUACGGAUUUGUUUAAGCUUCUUAACAUAAUUUGGUAAAAAAUCACAACAACGCUUAGUCCAAAUUUUUUUGUCGUUAAAGUAUGUUAAAGGCUUUUUCAUUUUGUUUUCUUCUUGUCUUGUGAAAUUGUGGACAAAAUGAAAAAUAAAAAAUUCCAUAUUACGUUUUUGUUAACGUGUUUGUUUCCCUGGAUUUAUUCUAAUAAUAAUAAUAAUAAAACGAUAAGCAAUAGACUAAAGACUUCAAAGGAAAGAAAUACAAUUUAUGAGGAAAAACGCAAGUAAAUUCUUCUUCUUCUUUGGUUGUAUGGAGCAAAAAAAAAAAAAAAAAAAGUUUAAGAAAUCAGAAAAAGACAGAUCUACAGUGUGCAUGAUAAAUAGAAAUAGAAAGUGUGCAUGGACAAAUAUAACCAAUAGGCGGUACUGUGUCAUUCUUCAUGAUCUUUCUCCAUCUCCAGCCCUGAGGACAUCACCGUAUCUCUGCUUUGGUUUGCUCCCUAAUUGACCUAAAUUCAACAUCUCCGCGGUCCCUCAAGGCAGACUAUCGCACAGCCUACAAGAACAAGACCGUCUCUUGCCUUUUUCUCUGGAGUAAUUUAUCCCCUUUUGCGCUUGGCUCAAACCAAGGGCGUAUUUUCUCCUCUGGAUCUCCUACAGUUGCAGCGGGCUGUCGUUUCGCGGGCUGCGCCGGGAUGGUUUACGCGGAGCAGAAGACACUCCUGACGAAGCUUUCCAUGGAAUGAUAACAAUAACAACAUUUGCGGAUUUUUUUUAACAAAGGGGGCGAGGAAGGACAGAGAUAUGCUGGAUAAUGACGCUCCGAAAUCGAAAUUCGGUCCUCCGUCGAGAGGUUCCUCUUUUUUCAUCGAGAACUUGCUGGGGACCGCGGGCAGCGGUUCUUCGGCUGAGGAGCGGGUGGACACUCCGGACUUAAAAGUCACCGUUCACAACCCGUUGAUCUGUCCCGGGCUGCAAGCGAGACGUUUGAAGGACGGUGAUGUGCUGAACUGGAGUGGAACGUUUCCAAACACAGUUUACGGCAGCUCAAUAACUCCGCUAUACAAGGCCAAAUACUCGGAUGAGCACACGGACCCGGUGCCAACCAGCGAGCGGGACUCCCCAACUUCGACGGGGCAGGCGGUGGAGGACGAUGAAGCUGAGGAAAAGGGGGACGACAGUUUCACGGAUGACAGGGAAGAGGAAGAUGCGUCGUCCUCCUUCACUUCCCGAGAGGAUAGCUGUAACACAGGUGAUAUGAAAGCAGUGCGAAAGAAGAAGACACGCACCGUGUUCAGCAGGAGCCAAGUGUUCCAGCUGGAGUCCACCUUCGACCUGAAGCGCUACCUGAGCAGCUCGGAGCGAGCCGGGCUGGCCGCCUCGCUGCAGCUCACCGAGACCCAGGUGAAGAUCUGGUUCCAGAACCGCAGGAACAAGUGGAAGAGGCAGAUCACGGCGGACAUGGAGGCCACCGCCGCCGCCGUCCCUUACGCCACCCAGAGGGUGGUCAGAGUCCCCGUGCUGUAUCGCGAGAACGUCACGACGCCCGUGACGCUCACCAGCCUGCCCCAUGUGUCUCCACCUGUAGUUGGUUUCACUAAUAUUAACUAUCCACUGACUGGGCCCUUCAGCCAUCCGGUGCCGUUCAUCACACCACAGAUGACGGGGCUGGUGUGACUUCAACAGCAGAGGAGGCUCAGUUCACUUGUGACUCAAAUAACUGACAUAAAGAUGCAACAAAAUGUCCAUUUCGCUGUUCAGUUUGAGAUCCUGUGAAGGAAGAGACUUGUUUAUUCCAUGUUUCUUCCAGUUGACUUCUGGAAAUAACUAAUAAAUACUGUCAAAUCUUGUUUCUCAUCAUAAGGACCCAUAGUUUCCAAUUUACUGUAAGCACUAGUAAUUCUCCUGACUCACUGCUAGACGUGGUGACGACGAUGAAAAUCUCUGGAGUGUUUAGAGCAUCCACGUCCUUGUCCUCUGUGCUUCACUGAGGACAUUUCACACGGUCACAUAGUGUCCAAAUAUAGCUCUAUUUUGUGAUUAUUAUUUUGGCGACAGAAGACACAAAGAUGAUCCGCACGGUGUGUAUGAUAUGAAAAGAGGGUCAAUAUGAUUGUCAGCUUGUGAAGUCCAGAAAUUUUGAACCCUCCCCCACCCCUUUUUUUUACAGCAUUAAGUACAAAAAAGUAUGUAAUAGCAUCAACAAAGUAACAAAAAAAAAAUGGAUACAACAACAAGUGUGACUUUUAGAUUUGCAAAAACCAGGGUGAUUUUUCUUUUAAUUUACCCUUACUUUUUUUUUUUGUUAAAUAUACUUCAGUACAUUUUAUGCUUCAAUAUUAGACUCACAUGUGAACAUUAGCAUUUUCGUCCCCUAUACAGAGACUCUGAAGGUUAUUUCACAAGCUCAGUCUUUGGUGUCCUCAUUUGAGAUCAACCACACAACUUUAAAAAAUAAAAAAAAUAUUGUGUGAGUGAUCUGGUUGAUGUAGAAACUAGGACAUUUAUAUACCUAGUUAUAUAUACCUCAACAUGUGUGUGUGUAUAUAUAUAUAUAUAUAUAUAUAUAUGUAUAUGUAUGUACACACACACACACACACACAUAUAUAUAUAUUCUGGUGUUUGUCAUAUUUUGAUAGCUGUGAGAGGGGGUAGAUAUCUAGCAAUACUUGUUGCAAUUUUUAUUAUUUAAGAGGAAUUUAAUACAGACUUUUGUAUGUCCACAUGUAAAUAAAAUUUAUGC